UCCUAUGAGAAUCCACUUUUCGACUCCCAGCUCCCAACCUUUCGCACUUCUUCAGUGUGACCCUGCCGAGUGGGUGAAAAGGAAGGGAGGGAGAGAGGCAGGCAGCUCGUCCCRUCCCUCGCUCCAGGCUCUCAGGAAGCCAGGCUGAUAUUCUUGGCUUGGAUGCGGUGCUCAUGACAGGAUUAGGUGCCUGGGACACGGGACCAACUGGAGAUCUGCAGGUUCCAGUGGACCAACCCGAGCCAGAUUCUCACCCAGCACGGCUCUGACUGGCCUCUUGUGUCCCUCCACAUCAAUCUCCUAAAGCCAUCCAGAGCUGACCUCUGUCGCCAUGCGCCUUAUCGCCGUCUUCCUCCUCCUGCUGCUCGUCUGGUCGGCCGAGCCUCGGCGGGGCCUUCAGUCAAAGGUCACGGAGCGGGGUGGCAGUGGUCGCGUACGGGGCCGAGGUCGGGCCGGGGUCAGCAGGCGCCAAACUCAGGAAUGUAAGGAGUAUGUGGAGGGAGGGGAGAAGUUCCUAGACUGCCAGGACAGGCAGCUGACCUCGGUGGUGCCGGACUGGCCCAAAGACAUUCAACACCUCCUGCUGGCGAGGAAUAAAAUUCAGGUUUUGAGGGACAACAUGUUCGCCCAGUUCACGCAGCUGAAGAGCUUGGACCUCCAGCAGAACGUCAUCUCGGUGGUGGAGGACGAGGCGUUCAGCGGCCUGUCGCAGCUCACCACGCUGCUCCUUCAGCACAACAAACUGAAAACGGCCUCGGAGGAGGUGCUGCUCCCCCUGCCCCGCCUCACCUACCUCCGGCUCUUCGACAACCCCUGGAGCUGCCGCUGCCCGCUGGACAGCCUGGUCCGGACGCUGCAGGUUCCCAGCAACCGCAACCUGGGCAACUACGCCAAGUGCGCCGAGCCCUCGUCGCUCAGGGGCCAGAAGCUGAAGAAGCUGAACAUGGAYGCGUUGUGCGCGGAAGGCACGAGCCCGGGGGAUGGUGGGAAACCACCACCGGGUGGUCCGCCACAUAAAGUGAAGCCAGAAGCUGUUUCCAUCUGCACCUAUAAACACGCUAAACUUCUGGACUGCAGCAGCAAAGAUCUGUAUCACGUCCCACCUGAACUGCCCCCGGAAAUAGUGAAGAUAAAUCUGUCCAACAACAGCAUCAAACAUCUCAGGCCCAAACAGUUCCUGCUGUCCAAAGACCUCAAGCUGCUCAACCUCAGCAGCAACAACCUGCAACAGAUAGAAACAGCUGCCUUUGCAGGCCUGCUGUACCUGCGUGAGCUUGAUUUGUCCAGCAACAGCCUCCAUUACUUCCCAUAUGGCGUCCUGGAGGACCUGUACUUCUUGCGGAAGCUGCUGCUGGGGAACAACCCGUGGAUCUGCGACUACAACAUCCACUACCUGGUCUACUGGCUCAAGCACCACCCCGACGUGCGCUACACCGGCCUGAUCUGCGCCGAGCCGCGCGAGUUUAGGGGCUGGCGGGUCGAGGACUACGUCAAAACCUACAACGGGGAGUGUCCCGUGGAUAAGUACCCGGAGGAGAACGACACUGGACAGGGGACGCAAGGGGGGUCGGCGAACGAGGCGCAGGAGGUGACCGGGGAGAUAACUGAGGGGGGGCCUCUUCCACAGCACCUGAAAGAGAAGGAGCCCAACACGUUUGAGAUCAUCAGGCUGAGUUAGAAUGCAUCACCUGAAAGGGUAGCUAAUGAUUUGCYAUGAAUUUACAUUUUUAAAACCCAAAAACACAACGAUUCCAGCUUGCUUAUGUGUUUAAAAGAUUAAUAUUUUCCUCAAAGUUGAUUUGUUGCGAUGUCACCUUGUUUAAUUUACAUUUACUGGGAGAGUCUUGUCAUUUUUGAUGUCGUUCUGUCAAAAAAAAGUUGUUAAAUAUGAUAUUGUUUGCUUGUUUUCUGGAAAUAAAAUUUGUUUUAUUUUUUCUGAA